AUUUCAGGAAGGUAGUUUCUCUUCUUGGAUAAAUGUAUAUAUGUAUUCUCAAAAACAAAGUCCUACUCUUCAGUGUUAAAGCUGCAAGGUUAUAUGCAGGUCCUGAAGUAGAUAUAUGGAGCAGCGGAGUUAUUCUUUAUGCUUUGUUAUGUGGGACUCUUCCAUUUGAUGACGAUCAUGUGCCAACGCUUUUUAAGAAGAUAUGUGAUGGUAUCUUUUAUACACCUCAGUACCUGAAUCCAGCAGUAAUUAGCCUUUUGAAACACAUGCUGCAGGUGGAUCCCAUGAAGAGAGCUACAAUCAGAGACAUAAGGGAACAUGAAUGGUUCAAGCAAGACCUCCCUAAGUACCUCUUUCCAGAAGACCCAUCUUACAGUUCAACGAUGAUUGAUGACGAAGCCUUAAAAGAGGUCUGUGAUAAAUUUGAAUGCACAGAGGAGGAGGUGCUAAGCUGCUUAUAUAAUCGAAAUCAUCAGGAUCCUUUAGCAGUUGCCUAUCACCUAAUUAUAGAUAACAGAAGAAUAAUGAAUGAAGCUAAAGACUUCUAUUUGGCUACAAGCCCACCAGAUUCCUUUCUUGAUGAUCACUUCUCCCGUCCCCAUCCUGAACGAGUGCCAUUUUUAGUUGCUGAAGCGCCAAGGCCACGCCAUACACUUGAUGAGCUAAAUCCACAGAAGUCCAAACAUCAAGGCGUCAGAAGAGCUAAGUGGCAUUUGGGAAUCCGGAGUCAGAGUCGACCAAAUGACAUCAUGGCAGAAGUUUGUCGAGCAAUCAAACAGCUGGAUUAUGAGUGGAAGGUUGUAAAUCCAUACUAUUUGCGUGUGCGAAGGAAGAAUCCUGUGACUGGCACAUACUCCAAAAUGAGCCUGCAGUUAUACCAGGUGGACAGUAGGACUUACCUACUGGAUUUUCGUAGCAUUGAUGAUGAAAUUGCUGAAGGAAAAUCGGGGACUACCACUCCCCAGAGGUCGGGCUCUGUGACUAACUACAGAUCUUGUCAGAAGGAUUCGGACACUGAUGCUCAAGGAAAAUCCUCUGAUAUCUCUCUUACCUCAUCAGUGACCUCUUCCCUUGAUUCUUCUGCAACCGAGUUAACUCCAAGAUCAGGGAGCCACACUAUAGAAUUUUUUGAGAUGUGUGCAAAUCUUAUUAAAAUACUUGCACAAUGAUUUGUAA